AUGGCUCUGCCCGAGCUAUCCCGUUCGGCGGGCAGCAGCCGGACAAGCAUGGGGAGGCGUCGUUCCGGAAGCUUUCGGGAGUUGUGGACCGACCCAUCGGACGUGUUCCACUCUAGGGGGAACGAGGAGGAUGAUGAAGCCACUCUUCGAUUGGCAGCCCUGUGGAAGCUAGCUGGGUCGCGGAGGGAAGUCGAGCAGUACCUGUCGGGCUGCAACGCUGUCGACGUCGCCUCUUUCAGCAGCCAGGAAGGGAAGAUCUUCAUGGACAGUGCCCGAGAGAUCAUCGAGGACAAUGAGCGGCUCCUCCGCCGCCUCAGGGAACGAAUAGACAGGUCUGUUUUCCUUCUUCCUGUUUAUAUGUUUAAUAGAUUAGUGGGUAUAAUUUUUUUUAAUUUGGGCUUAUUUCUAACGUGCAACAGAGUGGGGAUUGAAAUGCCAAAGAUUGAAAUCCGGUUCGAAAAUUUAUCGGUAGAAGCAGAUGCAUACGUGGGAAAGAGGGCUCUUCCCACGCUCCUAAACUCCGCAAUCAACGCAAUAGAAGUCUGAAUUUCCUUGCCAUCGUAUUUUCGAUAUUUUCUGAAUCAUUCUUCCUCAUCCUGUUCCGUUAAUCUUAUCUUAGGUCUAACUGAGAGGUGAAUUUCCGUAUGAUUCCGCAGGGAAUUGUCGGCUUGGUUGGUCUGUCCCUCUCCAAGAAAGCGGUCAAUAAGAUCUUAACAGGUGUCUCGGGAAUUUUGAAGCCUUCAAGGUACGUCGACGGAGUCGUCACAGUGAAACCAGUAAAACUAGCGAAAUAAUAGGAAUUCGGAACUCUUAAGAUAAUAUCCUUCUGAAAGUUAUUUGAGACGGCCUUUCUCCGUCAGAGAUGCCUCCUGUUGACCUCUACUUAGAAUCAGUAGUCAGGACGACAAGAGCUCUCCUCGGUUCGUUUGAACCAUAAUUCUUUCAUUCAGGAUGGUUCUUCUUCUGGGCCCCCCCGGAUCAGGGAAGACAACUCUAUUAUUGGCUCUUGCAGGAAAGCUAGACAAGAGCCUCAGGGUAAAGUCGAACCUAAUUAGUUAAUUGCCAGUCAAUCGACCUUCUCCUCUUUUUGACGAAUCAAAUCGUUCAACAGGUAGAUGGCGGGAUCUCUUACUGCGGCCACGCGCUGACGGAGUUCAUCCCCCAGAGGACUAGUGCGUACAUCGGUCAACACGAUCUUCACCUCGGCGAGAUGACCGUUAGAGAAACUUUAGGCUUCUCUGGGCGGUGUCUGGGCGUCGGAUCCAAUCACGAGAUGCUGUUGGAAAUGUCGAGACUGGAGAGGGAGGCUGGAAUAAAUCCAGACCCUGAAAUUGAAACAUUCAUGAAGGGUACCAUGUCACGAGAAAACGGCCAAAGUGUAGCCACGGAUCACAUUCUCAAGGUCUUCCGUUUUGUCUAGUUCGUCAAGUUUCCCCUUUUUAUUUAGUAUCUGAGAAUACGUACUGACCUAUUAUCGAUCAAUCCGGCAAACGUCAUGGGCAGAUGCUCGGGCUAGAUGCGUGUGCUGAUGUCUUAGUAGGUGACGAAAUGAGGCGAGGAAUCUCCGGGGGACAGAAGAAACGUGUGACUGUCGGUAAGGGAGCGAUGACAGAGGUUUGAGACCAAGAUAAAUUCAGCACUUAACGACGUUCCUCCAGUUAUCAGGCCGCCACAUGCACAAUAAUAACACAUAACUCUUCAAUUCGCUCGCCACUUGUAGGUUUCGUUAUAUUUUUACCACACAAUCUUACUGCAACUAUCUUUGGGCUUCCAGGUGAGAUGCUGGUUGGACCGGCGAGAGCCCUAUUCAUGGACGAGAUAUCUAAUGGUUUGGACGCCUCCACAGCCUUUCAGAUCGUGAAGUUCCUGCGGCAGAUUGUUCACACGCUGGAUGUAACCAUGGUCAUCUCCCUUCUUCAGCCGGCUCCCGAAACCUUUGACCUUUUCGAUGACAUCAUCUUGCUGUCGGAGGGGAAGAUCGUAUAUCAGGGUCCUCGUGAGAAGGUUCUCGAUUUCUUUGAGUUCAUUGGCUUCAAAUGCCCCGAAAGGAAAGGGAUCCCUGAGUUUCUUCAGGAGGUGACGUCUAGAAAUGAUCAGGAGCAAUAUUGGACCCUGAAGGAACGGACGUACAGGUACAUAUCAGUUAACGAGUUCGUCGAAGCUUUCAACUCGUUCCACAUUGGCAUGCAGAUGAAAGGAGACCUUGAGGUGGCUUAUGAUAGAUCCAAAACUCAUCCAGCUGCAUUAGCCAAGGACAAAUACGGCAACCCUAGCUGGGAGCUCUUCAAGGUAUGCUUUACGCGAGAGUGGUUGCUGAUGAAGAAAAACGCAGUUCUCUAUAUAUUUAAAACCGGCCAACUGAUAUUCCUAGCUGCGCUUGGAACUAGUGUCUUCCCGAGGACACAGAUGCACCGCGAGUCGAUCGCCGAUGGGGGGAAGUAUUUGGGGGCGCUAUUUUACGGCCUGGUUUGUGUGAUGUUUAAUGGGAUGGCGGAGAUCAUAAUGACUGUUGUGCGGCUGCCUGUCCACUAUAAACAGAGAGAUUUAUUAUUCUAUCCUUCUUGGGCGUUCGGCUUGCCAUUGGUUCUCCUGAAAGUUCCGAUCUCACUUUUGGAAUCAGCCAUCUGGGUCUCUAUCACCUACUAUGGAAUGGGGUUUGCACCACCCGCCGGGAGGUAGGAGGAUACACCACGCUGUGCUUUUGUCAUUGUGCCGACUGAAAACAUUAUUAGCAUGCUGGGUCCAGCUUCUUACCUUGCGUUAAUUUCAAUUUGAGCUCCCAUAGUUUUGUGGUGAUCACUAACUGGACGGUGACUAGGGAUUCAACUGAUACUCUUCCGAUAUAUUCAGAUUUUUCCGGCAAAUUUUGGCGUUCUUUUGGACGCAUCAGGUGGCUAUGGCUUUGUUUCGGUUCAUAGGCGCAGCUGGAAGAUCGAUGGUGGCUGCCAACUCCGUCGGUGUUUUUGGCUUGCUCAUUAUGUUUGCGCUCUCAGGAUUUGUCAUAUCUAAAGGUAAUAAAAUCGAUACCAUUAUUUCGCGCCCCCAUAAAUACAUGCAUGACUGGAUAUAGUUACCAGAUGAGUUGUUUUGUCGAUUGGUUAAAUGUUUACGAUUAGGACUUCUAAAGCUAUCUGGUUCGUAUUACUGUUUCACACAUGUAUACUGCAUCAAUAUCUGUGUUCUAAUAUAGCCACUGAUAUACUGCUAUACAGUCCAUCUGUUCGAAAGUCUAUACUAAACCCGCGUUGGUUUACCUCUUUUUUUCUCUAAGACGACCUCGACGCGUGGUGGAUAUGGGGCUACUGGACCUCCCCAAUGAUGUACGGUCAGAAUGCUCUGGCCAUCAACGAGUUUCUUGAUUCCAGCUGGGGCAAGGCAAAAUUCCUCUCUCAGGCCUAGUUGAUCUUUAUAUUUCUUCCGUGGUAGAUAGCAUUGUCCGUCUUCGCGUAAUUAAUGAAUCUGAUGGGCGAUGACAUUUCUGCAAGGAACAGCCGAACAACGACACCAGCAUCGACGCCACCACGGUGGGAAUGGCGGUUCUGAAAUCUAGGGGGAUCUUAGUGGAUGGCUACUGGUACUGGAUAUCCAUAGGAGCUCUGAUACUCCUCACUGUAUUCUACAACCUCGGCUUCGUUGCUUGCGUCACUUACCUGGACGGUAAGUGAUAAUCACUUAUUGCUGCUGAUGGACACCGGGGCUUGUGAAAUAUUAUAACCACUUCUUGAAGUGCAUUAGGAGACAAACGUCUAUUAAUCAUUUUACGUUUCGGAAGCUAAGCAUCGCUUUUCCUUCCAUUUCCGGAUAGAGUUUUCUCAAUGCAGGGUUAAUGAUGACAUGAAAAACUGAUGUCUCAUGCAGCUGUGGAGGAAUCCCGUGCCAUCGUCAUAGAUGACGACGAAGAAACAAAACUACAGGGGUUGUCGCCACCGCAGUGCGUCGAAAGAACUGGAGGGAUUGCACCCGGCGGGACUUCGGCCAACGGUACCAGAUUUUUCUACCUUGCUCUCUGCUCUGACUGACGCAUUUGAGAUGUUCCCCCGACUAAUCAAGUCUUCUGACCUAUCUAUCUCCAGGUACCCGCGCAAACGGCGAUUCUACGAGGGGAAUCGUGCUGCCUUUCAAGCCUCUUUCUCUUUCAUUCAAUCAUGUGAACUAUUACGUCGACAUGCCCGCCGUAAGUUUGUUCAUAUUUUUCUACGAUUUCGACAAACUCUUUACCUUUUGAAACAAAACAUGCAUGUUUAUCAGACAUUUUCCAUGAUUUCUAUGAUCAUUACACAAAUAUGAGACAAAUCACGACAUGAUACUGACCCAUUAGUUAACGCAUAAAGGUCUUGUUCAGUUAGGAUUGACAUGAUCUUUUAAUCAGGAAAUGAAGGGCCAGGGGACUGAGGAAACCUAUCUCCAGCUGCUCUGCGACGUCAGCGGCGCCUUUAGACCAGGAAUUCUAACGGCGUUGGUCGGCGUUAGCGGAGCCGGGAAGACAACACUGAUGGAUGUUCUAGCCGGAAGAAAAACUGGAGGGUACAUCGAGGGAGACGUCUCCAUCUCCGGUUAUCCCAAAAACCAGGCGACCUUCGCUAGGGUCACCGGCUACUGCGAGCAGAACGACAUACAUUCCCCAAACGUCACCGUCUACGAAUCUCUCGUCUACUCUGCGUGGCUCCGUCUCCCUCCCGACGUGAAACCAGAAACAAAGAAGGUGCGUUUAAUGAACUUCGCUUUUCUUUCACAGACUUACUCUUCACUCCUCCAUUCUCUUUCCCCACACUGUUAAGCCCAUCGGACAUCGUUCGCAUACCUCGGUGCCUUCUAUAUGUUCCAGACGUUUGUGGAGGAAGUGAUGGCCUUGAUUGAACUGGACCAACUGAGGGACGCUCUGGUGGGUCUCCCGGGAGUUAACGGCCUCUCCACCGAGCAGAGGAAGAGGUUUACGGUCGCCGUUGAGCUGGUCGCAAAUCCUUCGAUCAUCUUCAUGGACGAGCCGACUUCGGGCCUCGACGCCAGGUCGGCGGCUAUCGUCAUGCGAACCGUGAGAAACACGGUGAACACGGGAAGGACGGUCGUUUGCACAAUUCACCAACCCAGCAUCGAUAUAUUUGAGUCUUUUGACGAGGUACAUUUCUUAUUCAUCUCGAAUCAUUUCUGAUCGUACGUUUUACGCACUGAUAUGCUGCAAUCAACUGAUUUUUGUAGCUCAUUUUGAUGAAAUUGGGAGGGCAAGUGAUAUACGCGGGGCCACUCGGCCAGGGAUCCCGGAGUCUUAUAGAGUACUUUGAAGUAAGUUCCCCGCUGCCAUAGUCUGAUUCACCGUGUGUGUUCUGAUGAUGUCAAGAACCGCCGCUUGUGCAGGCGAUUCCAGGGGUUCCGAAGAUUAAGGAGGGUCAGAAUCCUGCCACUUGGAUGCUCCAGAUCAGCGUUCCUUCAGUGGAAGCUCACCUCAAUCUUGAUUUCGCAGACAUCUACUCGAGAUCCUCGUUGUAUCAGUGAGUCUUCUGAGACGCUAACGUGCGAAUUAAAUAUGUUAAUUCGGAACGCCUCUUGAAUGAACCUGUUCUGGUAUCUUUCAGGAAAAAUCAGCAUAUUAUCGAGGAGCUAAGCACUCCUGCUCCCGGUUCACAGGAUCUCUAUUUUCCCACGAAGUACGCCCAGAGUUUUGUUACUCAGUGCACGGCAUGCUUCUGGAAACAGUACUGGUCCUACUGGAAGAACCCCUCGUACAAUGCCGUUAGAUUCUUCACAACAGUUGUCAUGGCUCUUAUAUUUGGCACACUUUUCUGGAACAAGGGCCAACAGACGUAAGCUGAUUAGUUCUUUACAGAAAAUCGUUCCAACAGCGUUGAAUGAUAAGAAAACCUCGAGCAAAACUAUCGUUGAAUGAUGCUUUUCAAUCAUGACUUUUCGUCGUUGUGGCGUGAACAGGAACACCCAACAAGACGUGCUGAAUCUGAUGGGGGCUGUGUAUUGUUUUGCUUUCUUCCUCGGAUUCACUAUUGGCGCAACAGUGCAGCCCGUGGUGGCUAUUGAGAGAACUGUGUUCUACCGUGAGAGAGCAGGGGGCAUGUACUCGGCCUUCGCCUAUGCCUUUGCUCAAGUGAGAAACAUUUCUGCCCAUUUCCCAUUAUUUCCCACAUGAUUUGACAAUGCCGGAAAAUGUCUCAAUUUCGUUAAUUAAUUGGUCUCACUGUUCGUGUUCGUGGCAGGUGGGCAUUGAAGUUAUCUAUAUUGCAGGCCAAGCCCUAGUAUACUGCCUUAUCUGUUACUCCAUGAUAGGUUUUAGCUGGCAGGUGGACAAAUUCCUGUGGUUCAUCUUCCUGGUGUUCAUGUGCUUCCUCUACUUCGGGGCACAAGGGAUGAUGUCCAUAGCAAUCACCCCGGCAUAUCCAGUCGGUGGCAUUGUAAUGCUUCUGUUCUUCAACUUUUGGAACAUCUUCAGCGGUUUCCUCAUCUACAGACCAGUAAGUAAACUAGCAAACUAUAAGCACGCUAGAGGAUAUAAAUAAACCAUAUCACGAAAAUAUACCGCUCUGCUUCACUCAUUGUUCAUCUCAUUUUAAGUUGGAUAGGCUGCUCAGCAUAAUACUACGCCAGUGGUUACUGUUUAAGAUUGGCUUUUGGCUUGUGACCGCAUUAAUAUUGUUUAUAUGGCUGAAGAAAUCAGACUCUGUCACAGUUUAAUAUUGUUUAAUAUUCUGUUGGAUUACCUGUGGGAUUAACUUUCUGUCGCAGUUAGAUAAUGAUGAUACACCUAUCGAAUGAGUUUUGUCCCGGCUGUCUGCAGAUGCUUCCCAAGUGGUGGACGUGGUGUUACUGGACGUCACCGGUGGCGUGGACAAUCUAUGGGCUGAUAGUGUCUCAGUUUGGGGACAGCGAGGAGAUGCUUCAAAUUCCAGGGCAGCCUAGCAUGACGGUCAAGGCCUUCUUGAAAGAGGUGCCGGGAUAUGAGCGUAGUUUCUUAGGGUACGUGGCAGUAGCCCACAUCGGCUUUGUGACUUUCUUCUCCCUAGUCUUCGCCUUUGGCAUCAAGUUUAUCAAUUUCCAAAGGCGGUAG